AUGGCACGACGCAAGGGAGAAGUAUCACUCCAGCAGGAUCUGGAAACACAGGAAGAUUGGGAACAAAUGUUGGCUAAAGAAGGGCUCACAGUGGUGGACAUUUAUCAAGAAUGGGCUGGCCCAUGCAUCUCAAUGGUUAGCAACUUCAAACGGAUAAAGAAUCAAGUGACUGAUGAUUUGCUUCAUUUUGUCACUGCCAAAGCUGAUCGGAUUGAAGCUUUGGAAAAAUACCGUGGCAAAUGUGAACCUUGCUUUCUUUUAAUUGCUGGUGGAUCCUUGGUAAAUGUAAUCAGAGGUGCCAAGAGUCCAUUGUUAAUGAAGGUUAUCCUUCAUGAAUUAGAGCAAGAACACAAAGUUUUGAAAGGAGAAUGUAAAAGAAAAGUGAUUGUGGAUGAAGCAGUUGAACUUCAGGCUGAAAAAGAAGUUGAAUUGGAAGAAGAAAAUCUUUUGCACUUCAAUGGGGAGCUGGUAAACUUUGCAGACAAACUGGAAUUAUCCAGUGGAGAAGAGCCUAAAGAAGUAACUGUUGCUAUUAUUAAGCCAGACGUGGUUCAAGAAGGAAAGGUAGAUGAAAUCAUUCAACAAAUGGAGGAAGAUGGAAUUGAGAUUAUUGCACAGGAAGAAAGACAAUUGACAGAAGAGGAAGCACGAGAAUUUUACAGUCACUUGGCUGAAGAGAGUUUCUUUGAGGACUACAUACAAUUCAUGACAAGUGGGAGCAGCUACAUUCUGGUUUUGAGUAAAGGUGAAACUGGAAAAGGAAUCAUUGAAGAAUGGAAAAGCAAAUUAGGCCCCCCAGAUGUGGAAACAGCAAAAGAUUCAGCUCCAGACAGUUGGCGGGCUAAAUUUGGAUCUAAAGGUUACAUGAAUGCCUUGCAUGGUAGUGAUGGUCCAGAUUCAGCCAUUAGAGAACUGGCCUUUUUCUUCCCGAAUCUCGACGUUCCAACCUAUCAGAAACACAUUGGACGAUUGGAAAGGACAUUUGCUUUGAUUCGGCCAGAGGCUUAUCAAUUGUACAAAGAUGAAAUCAUUGAAAAGAUUAAAGAAGCAGGUUUCAAAAUUGCUUUACAAAAAGUGGUUCAACUCACCAAAGCAGAAGCUGAAGAAUUUUAUAAAGAACAUAAAGAAGAGGAAUAUUUUGAAGAACUCACUGAACAAAUGUCCAGUGGACCUCUGUUGGCUUUGGGUUUAGCACGGGAAGAUGCCAUUAAUAAAUGGAGAGAUCUGCUUGGUCCACCAAAUGUUGAGGAAGCCAAAGAAAAAGAUCCAAACUGCCUCAGAGCGCAGUACAAUGUUCCUGGUUUGCAAGUGAAUAUGCUGCAUGGAGCAAAAACGUCUGAAGAGGCUGAAACUGAAAUCAAUCAUUUCUUCCCUGUGGAGAAAACAGUAGCUGCCAUUAAACCUGAUGCUAUUGGAACUAAAGAGGAGAUAAUUAACAAAAUCCAUGAAGCUGGUUUCCAAAUAGCUGCCCAGAAAGAAACACUACUGACCCCUGCCAUUAUAGAAAGUUUCUAUGGUAACCACAAGGAAAAAGAAUAUUUUGAUGAUCUUGUCAAUUACAUGGUCAGUGGGCCCACCAUGUUGAUGGUCCUUACUCGAGAAGGUGCUAUUGAAGGAUGGCGAUCACUCAUGGGACCUACAGAUCCUGAAAAAGCAAAAGAGGAAAAUCCUGAAUUUCUGCGUGCUAAAUAUGGCACAGAUAUAAUGCAAAAUGCUGUGCAUGGCUGUUCUACAGAGGAGAAAGUUGAGGAAAUAAUCAACACAAUUUUUACUGAUGAGGAAAUUAUAACUGGAGACAAAGCUGAAGAUGUAAAGCAGAUGAAUGAAACACAAGAAGAUGCAAAGCAGACAAGUGAAACACAAGAGGAUGCAAAGCAGACAAGCCAAACACAAGAGGAUGCGAAGCAGAUGAGUGAAACACAAGAGGAUGAAAAGCAGACAAAUGAAACACAAGAAGCAGCAACAGCAGAUGUAGAUUUGGCCACCACUGGAGAGGCUGUAGAAUCAGCAGAGAGUGUUAAACCAGGUGAAGCUGAAGCUGAACCAGUUUCAACAUCAACUGAGGAGAAUGCAGCCAUCCAGGAAAGAAGGCAGUUGAAGACUCUCUUUAACUUGAGAAGCAGCUGGCAAAAUGACACAGCAGCAAAGAUUAGCCUUUUAAUGCUGCUUUUUGAACAUUUCCUUGAAAUAUUUGUUUGGUCUCCAGUUGGCUUGACCCAAACCUCCUCUCCAAUCCGUAUAGAUUCAGGCCCGUCAGAGUGUGUUAAAUAUGAUCUAACUCCAGGAUGUCUCCAUGUGUCUUCACAUUGGCCAGAAGAUGUAGAUUAUAGGAAAAUACCACUUCGGAAGGUGAUAUCCCUCCUCUCUUGGCAAUGA